UGUGGGGAAAGGGGGCGCACUUAGAGGGAUGAAGGAUGCCUCACCACUUGGAAAGUUACUGGGUCCGGCCUUAAUCCCAAAAUGCCACUUGCAUUGCAACAUGUGGCCCAGGGUUACAAAAGAAAUGUGGCUGACGGACGUUGCAGACGGACGUUACGCCGGUGUACAAAGCAAAGCAGAGGGGGAAACAUAAAUCAGGCGCCAUCGGUGAAAACCCGGCAAGGAUCUAAGUCUCCGUUCGGUGGGAGGUUCGGUGACACAAUAAUCACGUGUACUGUCCGUAGACGUUCGGAAAUAUUCGAUUCUGGAACGUGCAGGGGCCGAAACCAGCCGGCAGAGCAAGUACCGGUCGGCACCAGCGGCCGGGUUAGCGCGGUUCCGUUCCAGCCCGAGGCGGGUCACGCCUCCGACUCCCGGUCCCGGCGACCUCCGGGGGCGAAGCCGGAGCCGGCGCGAGGCGGAAGCCUGGCCGCGCUCCCCGCCCGCGCCCAGGCCGCCUCCGGGUGCACCGCCGGCCUCGCGCGGCCCCGGCCCCCAGACCCAGGCCCGGAAGGCGAGCAUCGAUUUACCUGCUCCCCGCUCUGGCUGCCGCCGCCGCCGCCGCCACGCCGCUCACCCACACUGCCAGGCUGCAGGCCCAUUACCCUAAUAGACUGUGACCUUCUGAGCAGAGAAACAUGGUUCCUUGCCCUCAAGAGGAUCAAGUUUGGAGAAAGACAUAAACAAUCAAAUAGAGUAAUAACAAGCACUGAAAUCAAGUUUAUUUUUAAAAUAUGGAGGAGGAGCAUCUUAUUCAACCUCCAUUAAACAGGAAGUACUUCUCAUAAAAUGUAAAGCUCAAGAUGAAUCUUGAAGGAUCAGUAGGAAUUGGCCAAGCUAAGAAACAAAGUAUGUUCCAGACAAAAGCAUGGGUACCUUGGUAUGUAUCUCCUUGCCUAUGAACUGUGGAGUAAGACUCAUUACAACGAUUCUGGAUCCAUUUCUGGCUAUGUGAGGAGGAAAGUUUUACCAGCUGAUGGCCGUUUGAUGACCUACAUGGAAAGAAUUGGUAGACUCAGGAGAGCACAAUUGAGAGAAGUGAUCACAUCACAAAAUGUGACAUCAUUCUUUGGCACCAGCUGGCAUCCUGGACAUGGAGAAUGAGUUAUACUCUCAACCCUAAAUUUUCCCCUCUAGAUUACCCUUGUGGCUCACCAGAGGGCAGUGUGCAGUAAUCGGCUCUACUACCUCCUACAUUGGAUGUUUCCUUUGGAACAGCCAAUGUCAAAUCAUUAGAAACAGAAAACAGGCAAGAUAAUAGAUUAUGGAAGUUGUUUUGUUAGGUUUGUUGUAUCUGUGCCCCCUACAUGGAAUUCUUAAUAUUGAGAAAUUAAUCAAUCACCACAUGAGAUAUAACUUUUAAUAAGUUUCCAGUAAACCCUGUGUUACAGUUUCAAAUUUAUGGCAAUAGUUUGGAAUUACUAAACUCAGUUCUCCUCUUUAGACCUACAAA